AUGCAGGGAGCCAACUUCUCAUCAGCAGCUGAAUUCAUCCUCAUCGGCUUCUCCACCUUCCCCCACCUUCAGCUGAUGUUCUUCCUGCUCUUCCUGCUGAUGUACCUGUUCACGCUGCUGGGGAACCUGCUCAUCAUGGCCACCGUCUGGAGGGAGCACAGCCUCCACACACCCAUGUACCUUUUCCUGUGUGCCCUCUCCAUCUCUGAGAUCCUCUACACCUUUGCUGUCAUUCCGCGCAUGCUGGCUGACCUGCUCUCCACUGACCACUCCAUUGCUUUGAGAGCCUGUGCCAGCCAGAUGUUCUUCUCCUUCAUGUUUGGCUUCACCCACUCCUUCCUGCUCACCGUCAUGGGCUAUGACCGCUACGUGGCCAUCUGCCACCCCCUGUGGUACAAUGUGCUCAUGAGCCCCCGAGGCUGCGCCUGCCUGGUGGCCUGGUCCUGGGCUGGAGGCUCAGUCAUUGGCUUGGUCGUGACAGUAGCCAUUUUCCAACUAACUUUCUGUGGAUCUAAUGAGAUCCAUCAUUUUGUUUGCCAUGUGCAGGCUCUUCUGAAGUUGGCCUGUGGAGAAAAUGUCUCCAUUCUGGCCACGGGCUUAGGACUUGUGUGUAUUACCGCCCUGUUGGGCUGCUGUCUCCUCAUCCUCCUGUCUUAUGCCUUCAUCGUGGCCACCAUCUUGAGGAUCCCUUCAGCUGAGGGCCGGCACAAAGCCUUCUCCACAUGUGUGUCCCACCUCACCGUGGUGAUAGAGCACUAUGGCUUUGCUUCUGUCAUCUACCUCAAGCCCAAGGGUCCCCAGUCUCUGGAAAUAGACACCUUGAUGGGCAUCACCUACACGGUCCUCACUCCCUUCCUGAGCCCCAUCAUCUUCAGUCUCAGGAACAAGGAGCUGAAGAUUGCCAUGAAGAAGACCUUCCUCAGCAAACUCUAG